AUUGACGGCAGAAUGAAAAUAAAACUAAAUCUAAUUAAUUGAACAAAAAUUAGAUUUUAGGGUUAAACCAAAACCCAAAACCAAAUUCAAAUGAAACUCUAAUCAGUAAAACCCAACUACUCGUAUUACUGGUGUUUCACAGAAUACAAACCCCAAAAGGCCAAAAUCCAUCUCCCGCAAAACCAAAUCCCAAAAACGCGCACCACCACCCGUUCUCCCUCGCCGUACCUCUGUACUGCCGUAUUGCAAUGCCGCCGCCGCUCCUUUUCAACAUCCGGUGAACGCCGAUCGACUCCCCACCACUCCAAAUUUCAAGGUUCUAAUACUGCAAUGUGCUAGGAUCAUUGUAAUUUGCAUUCUUGCUAUUUACAGUGAUGAGAAUAAUAUGCUCUAGAGAGGAUCAUUGCUGGUCCAGAGAAGAAAAACGCAGAUGUUUCCGAGGAGAAGAAGCAUUUAGCAGCAUAUCAUGAGGUCGGCCAUGCCUUAGUGGGCGCUCUCAUGCCUGAAUAUGAUCCUGUACCCAAAAUUUCAAUCAUUCUUGGCCAAGCGGGUGGUCUUAAAUUCUUUGCCCCCAGUGAGGAAAGGCUAGAAUCAGGCCUCUACAGUAGAAGCUAUCUCGAAAAUCAAAUGGAUGUUGCUCUUAGUGGCAGGGUAGCUGAUGAGGUAAUAUUUGGUGAAAACACUGUCGUAACAGGUGCAUCAAGUGACUUCAUGCAAGUUUCACGGGUGGCUAGGCAGAGGAUCGAAAGAUUUGGGUUCAGCAAGAAAAUUGGACAACUUGCUGUCAGUGGAGCUGGUGGAAACUCGUUCUUGGGCCAGCAGUGUUCAAAAACUGGGGAAUGUAGAUUGGAGAACGGAAGAAUGCAAUUACUCAAGAACAUUGUGAGAGGGGCAACAAUCUGGACUUGUGUCUGCACCUCCCUAUAAUUCUGUUGUUGCUGUUGUAUUGCUUGCUGUUCUUUGUUAAAUACUAUUUAUGCUGGCUUGUAAACCAAUUGGCAGGUGGGCCAUUAGUACCAUCCAUUACAAUCCCACUGCACACUUGUGACAUUAGGAACUAUGUUGUUUGUUCAAUUAAGAUAAUCAUGCAUUAAGAGUUCGAAAAAUGAUCAACCAUUCUGCCUCCUUUGAUACCCUCAUCUCAAUUUUAUCAUGAUCAUUUGUUAGUUCUUACUCUUACAUUUUAACUUGUCUUGUAGUAUUUUAACAAAGCUCCCACAUAUUCUCAAACUACAAUUGACGAGCUAAGGGAGAGGUGGAUCUCAAUCGUUACCGAAUAUCACUAACCAAGUAACGAUGAAGAUGAUGAUGACGACGAUGAUCUAUUGUGGUUUAAGCUAGCUCAAGGAGAUGGUUAAUUACCUCAGUUUUGCAGACGAACUGCCAAGCUAGUCUACCACCAGUAGAAAAUUCCACCAAUAUUGUUCUUGCUGUUGCUGCAGAAGCAACACUGUUGUUGCUGCAGAACCUGCUAUUGUUGCUGCUACACCAUUCCCAGUUGCUGCUGCUACACAAUCCCCAAUACGUUGCUGGUGCUACAGAAGCUCUUCUGCUACAUUUUUUUUUUGUUUUUUUUAAUUUUUUUUUAAUUUAUAUUGGAUUUUGUGUUUGGCAUACUUGUGUAGAUCAUUUAUAUUUUGUCAAUGAAUAAUAGGAUUUUGUUAUUGAAUGAACAAUAUUAUUUAUUAUUCAAUGAAAUGACUUUUGGAAA